AUGCCAUCCAUCGUUGCAUCAUCAGCCAUGAAUUCCAUCUCGACCACACCCGUACACGACACCGGCUCCGCCUACGCCACCCCUCCCAACCAAUCCACCUCCAGCUUCGCCAGCGGCUCCAACACCCCUUCCCAUGCCGCUCGCAUGCAAAGCUCCGGCAUCGGCGAAUCCCCAGCUCCCUACUCCUCUCGUCCCUACCACUCCUCCACCACCCCGCAUCAGUCCAACGGUGCGACCAAGGACAAAAAGUGGAAGCAGAUGUUCAAGUUCGGCUCCAUCGGCAGAAAGGCCAGCGGCAGCACUACCCCCAACCACGGCGCACACGACCGCAGCUGGCACACCGACUCCACCGAGUCCGGCAACAACAGGAACCAAGAUUACUUUGAACACCACCAGAUCGCCGGCUCCUCUUCCUUCCAGCCCAUGAACGGAAGCACCGUCGUCACCGAUCCCAGCUCCUUUUCCAACGACAGCUACUCGUCCGAAGAUCGCAACGCCUCCGGUUCCAUCGGCGACGCAAUGGUCGCCUCAGCUUCCGGCAAGCUGCAGCCACCCGCCGACAUCAGCGACAACGAAGCAAACCACCAGGGCUUCGCCUCCCGCCUCAUGAGGCGCGUCUCCAGUGCGCCGGACGCCAACAAGCUCUUCAAGAACGGCCAACACGCCUCUGCAAAGGGCGGCGAUGCAGCCGCUUCCACCAAGAACGGCUACCUCUCCCCAGACGCCUCGGGCGCCCAGCAUGGUCAGUUUGCCUCCGAAGGCGGCGCAGCCAACACGGACUCAUCCAACCCCACCUACUUCACCAACUCGCCCGUCCGCAUGGACAGCAACGCCACCUCCUUCAGCUACAAGGACUUUGAAAAGGGCAGGUCCGUCAGCGCAAAGGGUUCCUCCACCCCCAAGUCCGGCCGCAUCGCCUUCCCCGGCUCCGGCCGCUCCAAGAGCUCCAACGGCAAGGACAAGAAAUCGCAGCUCCCGCCCCCCAGCAGCUCCGCCAACCUCGCCGCCCUCGCCGGCAGCACGGGCGUCAACCGUGGGCCCGGCAGCUUCCGACGCACCUACUCCAGCAACAGCAUCAAGGUCAAAGAGGUCGAGGUCGGCCCCAACAGCUUCAGCAAGGUCAAGAUGCUCGGCAAGGGCGACGUCGGCAAGGUCUACCUCGUCCGCGAGAAAAAGACCGACAAGCUCUUCGCCAUGAAGGUCCUCUCCAAAAAGGAGAUGAUCAAGCGCAACAAGAUCAAGCGCGUCAUGGCAGAGCAAGAGAUCCUCGCCGCCUCCAACCACCCUUUCAUCGUCACCCUCUACCACUCCUUCCAGUCCGAGGACUACCUCUACCUCUGCAUGGAGUACUGCAUGGGCGGCGAAUUCUUCCGUGCGCUUCAGACCCGUCCGGGCAAGUGCCUGCCGGAGGAGGACGCCAAAUUCUACGCCGCCGAGGUCAUCGCUGCGUUGGAAUACCUCCAUCUCAUGGGCUUCAUCUACCGCGAUCUCAAGCCCGAAAACAUCCUGCUCCACCAGAGCGGCCACGUCAUGCUUUCCGACUUUGACCUUUCCGCGCGGGCCACCCAGCGCGGCGGCGCUCCUGCCAUGAUCCGACAAGCCACCCCCGGCAGCGCUCCGCUCGUGGACACGAGGAGCUGCAUCGCCGAUCUGCGCACCAACUCGUUCGUCGGCACCGAGGAGUACAUCGCUCCCGAGGUUAUCAAGGGAUGCGGCCACACCUCGGCCGUCGAUUGGUGGACGCUGGGUAUUCUCAUCUACGAGAUGAUCUUUGCCACCACCCCCUUCAAGGGCAGCACACGCAACGAGACCUUCUCCAACGUGCUGCGCAACGAGGUGCAGUUCCCCGACUCGACGCCCAUCUCGUCGUUCGGCAAGUCGCUCAUCCGUAAGCUGCUCAUCAAGGACGAGCUCAAGCGCAUGGGCAGCCAGUCGGGCGCCUCCGAGGUCAAGCAGCACAAGUGGUUCUCCAACAUCUCGUGGGGCCUGCUGCGCAACUCGACGCCGCCCAUCGUGCCUGCUUAUUCCAACGGCGUCGACGCGGUCAACUUCCGCAACGUGCGCGAGUCUCGCAGCCUCAACCUCGACGACCAAGGCAACGAGACCAAGGCCGCCAAGCCCGCUGUCAUCAAGGCGGUCGCAGGCCAGAAGAACGUCGGCGACGAAGAGGGCGAUGCGGUCGUCAGCAACCCCUUCAGUGGCUUCUCGUCGGUCACGCUCAAGCACGAUGACUACUGA